AUGACUAUCAAGCAUUUCUCUGUGGAGUACGAUCAGAUAAAUGGAAGAGCACAUUUCUCUCCUGAAGACAAGCUCUCUGGCAGAGUGACCGUGGUGACCAGGAAAGAAACCAAAGUGCAGAGUUUGAUGGUCAAAACCAAAGGAAAAGCCCGGGUCAAAUGGUACGAUCGAGCCGGACCAAUCACAACCCUUCACCAAGACAAGAAGAUUUACUUCGACUUUGAGAUGAUUAUUCUUCAGGAUAAACAUAAAGGAGAUGGUUCAGAAAUCAUUGGUCCAGGGAGAAAUGUGUAUCCUUUUACAUUUACAGUCCCAAAUACAGAUAUGCCUUCAUCAUACGAGGGGAAAUGGGGAAGGAUUAUAUACAGUUUAAAAGCACAACUGACACUGUCAAUCUGGAGCAUCCACAAAACCAAGAUUGAAAUUCCAUUUCUCACCAAAUCUGAGUUCCCCUUCGCUUCCAAAUCAGAAAUGAUAAUCAUGGGACUUCAAGAGCAGCAGUCUGCAACAAAAAUGUCAUAUUAUGGAUCUGGAAAGGUUACUUUGAAUGUUACUACAGAAAAAAUGGGACUGAAGCAAGGUGAAACAAUGAAUGUGUCUGUCCAAGUACUCAACAGCUCAACUCAAGCAGUCACGCCCAAAUUUUACCUUUGUGAGAAACAGAUCUUCGUCGCUCAGUCAAAAACGAUUGUGCAUGUAAAUGAGAUCCUCUUUGGGACCGGAGAAUCAGUCCAAGCUCAGAGCAGUGGAACCAUUCAGAAUGUUCUGAGUAUCCCUUCACAGCUCCCCCCGACCUUCUUCAACUGCUCAAUGAUUAAGCUGGAGCAUGCAAUCAAGGUCACUCUUGGUGACCACCUGGCCAGAGAUCCAGACAUCAAACUUCCCCUAAUUGUUCUCUUGGGUUCGUCCAAACCAAAUCUCAAAAUGAAAACUGCACCGUUCAAGCCCAUGUUGAGCAGUGAAGCAAACAAAUCCCGGUGA